AUGGCGACACCUACGCUCCUUAGACGCAUUCUUCUUGCGCCCCCGACCCUACGAAGUUCGCUUUCUACGUCAUUACGAUCUCCUCCUCAAAGCCUCGUCAGGCAAUAUGCUACUUCUCCAAGCGUUUUGCAACGCUCCUUUUGGCUAGAUAUGAUACCGAAGCCUUUGCGAAGAAGUUCCCCAUCUACUGCUGUCAAAAAGAAUAUAAAGAAGAAGGAAUGGAAUCCUGCGACGUUUUAUAUUGUAAUUUUUCUGUUCAUUGGGUCAAUGGCUAUUCAGAUGAUUGCUCUACGGAACGAACAUGCAGCAUUUACUCGUCGGGCUGAUGCGAAGAUUGGGCUCUUAAAGGAAAUAAUUGAACGUAUAAAGAAUGGAGAGAAUGUUGACGUUGAAGGUCUCCUCGGGACCGGUGAUGCGCAGAGAGAGAAGGAAUGGGAAGAAGUCCUCCAAGAAAUUGAAGAGGAGGACAGGAUGUGGCAAGAGGCAAGAGGUUCAAAGUCGAAACAAGUAAACCAGCCCGAAGAUCUUUCUGGCGCGCAUGAUGCUCAGGAAACCGCGAAAGUUCACAAACCAGUCUCUCAAAACGAAUCGAAGAGCAAAGCUCCAGCUGGGUUCUAUUAA